AUGGAGCUCUGCAUGGCCGCUCAAGACGACGCUACGCCAUGGGAGGUGCUCCGUGAAACAAAACCUGUUCCAGAAACGCAGGAAGAAUCUUCUUUGGUGGAGGAUAUCCUCCUCGAUGGUCGAGCUCAUUUCUCUCUUCUGGGCGUUGUGCGUCGCAAACCAGCCCGCACAGACGCAGAGUCAACACGCAGCAAAUCCUGCUCGGAUAAGCUGGCCUUGAAGCAGGUUUCUUCAUUGAUCUCAUGGCAGACUAGUCGCCUUGUUGCCCCAACCCAGAAUGCAUACCUGGCAGGACUUGUUCUACCAGCGGAUGAAAUUAGCCACAUUGCAUGCGAGAGGGCUUUUGGAGAGAACGGCCGAAUGAAGGAUCUAAAAGGACGGGCCUGGCCAUCUGAUACAUCGGAUAAUAUCGGAUAUCGAUUCAAUCCAUUUCAAAUUCUGUCAGUGCCUGCUGAAGAAAUUCAUGCGCUGUGGAAAUUCUCGAAGCAAAAAUCUAUUGCCAACUCUACAGCCGUGCCAAAGAAGGGUAAGCCGGGUAAUGUAAGUGCAGUGUGGACUUUAGCUCCAUCGCAUUCGCAUAUGCACUGUGAACUACUUUCAGAUACCGGUAGCAAGAAGUUGGCCACACUCUCUCGAUCCAAUACUGGCUUGCACGAAAGUAUUAUUGGGGGAGUGAAGCAAGGAAGCAAAAUAUCCUCACUUCUUCCACGGGGUGCUUCAGCCCUAUCUCGGGCGAAACUUUGGGCUGUCAGCUCAAAAAUCAUUGAGUCAGAAGAUCGCGUAAAGAAUUUACAAGGCACCGAGGAGCAGCCGACGGAUACAACUGCCCAGGUCCUUUCAGAAACAUGCCCUUCGCCAGAUACCCAAACAGCGGCGACAUACCAAGACUCGAAGCAAGCGCAAAGAAAUAUACCAGACCCCCUUAAAGCUCGUGAAGAUGCCAUACGAGAUGCCAGAGGGGUUCUUAAGGGGUGGGUACGCAACGUGGGAGAUGAAAGUUGGGGGCUAGAUGUUUUGGUCGAUAAUAAGAAGCGGAAGCGCUGA